AUGUCAGCAAAUAAGGAAGACAAAAGCAUCCAAAGCCUCAAGUUGGAAAAAAAGUUAGACGAGCAACUCAAUAUCAAUGGAAACAACAAUAAUGUCACAAAAAAAUCCAACAAGAAAAAAAAGAAAUCUGCUGGUGCAGGUGCUGUUAGUGCAGUAACAGACAUACCAGAAUACUAUCACCAAGCUCUCUCCGAUUAUCCCGUUCAACUUAAUACUACCAAAGCCAAAGGGCGCCAUGCGGUAGCCGCUAAGAAUUUGCCUGAAGGCACUAUUCUGUGUGAAGAGCAGGGCGCUGCCUUCGUUGUACGCACUCCAUUUAUUGAUGCCCAAUGUCACCUUUGCUUUAGCAGCAUCAAACAACGUACCGUUUGCCCACAAUGUCAAAAAGCCUACUAUUGCUCUUCAGAAUGCUUUGACAGCGAUAGUCAACGACAUGCAUUGAUGUGCAAUGGAUUGAAAGAAAUUGAAAAUAUUGCACAAGCCACUGAUACUGAUGUUGAUCUACUUCGUUUGAUGGUGGCUCUCAUGGCACGACGUUGCUUGGAUAAAACAAAAAUAGAUGAAGAGAGUAGAAAGAGACGAGGAUUAGCUCCAAAUACUCCUUUCUGGUGUGUAGAAGAUUUGUUGAGUCACCGUGAUAAAGCUGAACCAGCUUUCAUCCAAGUCGUAUCAGAGGCUUCCGAGAGGCUUCUGUCUCUAUUGCCACCUGAGAUGCAUAUCCCUGUUGAAGAAAUGGUUGAAAUUGCUUGCAGAAUAAACGCCAACGCUCAUGGCUUGGGUGAUGAGCAUGGUCGUAAUACAGAUACAGCUUUGGGUUUAUUUCCCAUAGGUGCUCUCUUUUUCAAUCAUGGAUGCAAUCCUAAUACGGCGUUCAUUGGCACUUCGAAUGGUAAACUUGCUUUUAGAACCAUUCGACCCGUUACUGGAGGCGAGGAACUUGUCGUCAGUUAUGAUGACAUUUACGCCGAUCGUGAUUAUAGACGAGCAACUCUUCUGUCAACUAAGCAUUUCUGGUGCAAGUGUAAGCGGUGCGCAAGUUCAAUGGAUAAAUCGGUAGAUCGAUUUUUGACUGGUGUUGUUUGUACCAGCUGCCAAAAAGAUGUUUAUAUUAUUCCUGCAACUUCAGUUGAACAUUUAUCGAAGGGUGUUAGCAAUCUUUAUCUGGAAAGCCGAUUCAAAUGCGCUUCUUGUGGCCACGAAACGCCAGCUGUGAAAGUCCGUAAUGCCAUUGAAAAGGCGGCUGAGGCCUACAAUACUGGUCUUAAGAUGUAUCGUGCCCGUAACCGUGAUUUAGGGCUUGUUUCUACUUUCUUCUCAUCUCUAGUAAACAAUACUGUACCCAAAGGCGGUAAGUUGCACCCUAUGAAUUCUAUACGUCUAAAUGCACAUUCAAAUUUGAUGAACUGCAAACGAGGCUGUAAUGAUUUGAAGGGUGCUAUCGAUGUCAACAAAUCGAAUUGUGAGAUGUUCGAACAGUUUGCUACGCUCUAUAAUUUACCGGGUAACACCUCAGAGAUAUCUGAUAUGUGGCAAAAUUUGGCAGAAAUGUGUGAAGAAAUGGCAGAAAAAACCGAAGCAAGCACUGUUUUGAGAAAGAAAUGGUUGAAGGAAGCUGCCAAGGCUUAUGAACGUACUUUGAAGAUUCGAGAAGUAGUUUUCGGAAAAGAUCAUUCUAAAACGAAGGAUACAGCCAAACUACUCGCCAAGUUCUCGACAUUUUAG